AUGGCUCAGAUGUUUGGUACAGAUGAACCGAAAGUUGAGUUGGCUGAGAUAGGAAGAAGCAUUAGAUCAUCUUUUCGGCGUCAUACCUCGAGUUUUCGAAGCGGUUCAGGAUCGAGUUCUGUGAAUGGUGAUGCUAACGCUGAAUAUGCUAUACAGUGGGCUGAAAUCGAGAGAUUGCCAACGUUUGAGCGGCUGAGAUCAUCUUUAUUUGAUCAGGAUGAUGAUAAUGCCGGUGGUGUUGAUAGCAAAGAGAGACGGCGGGUCGUGGCUGAUGUGACCAAGCUUGGAGCUCUAGAACGUCAUGUGUUCAUUGAGAAGCUCAUCAAACACAUUGAGGAUGACAACCUUCGCUUGUUGCAAAAAAUUAGAAACAGGAUAGACAUAGUUGGUGUAAAAUUGCCCACUGUGGAGGUGAGGUACAGGAACCUGCAUGUGGAAGCAGAGUGUGAGGUAGUACACGGCAAGGCCGUCCCAACUCUAUGGAAUUCUCUUCAAAGCACGCUCUCUGACUUCGCUAAGCUGCCAGGUUCCAAGUCGCGUCAAGCCAAGAUGAGCAUUCUUAAUGACGUUAGUGGUAUCAUAAAGCCUGGAAGGUUAACUCUGCUGCUUGGCCCACCAGGUUGUGGGAAGACAUCCCUUUUAAAGGCCCUGUCCGGGAAUCUUGUCGAAUCUCUCAAGAUUACUGGGGAGAUUUCUUAUAACGGAUACAAAUUAGAAGAGUUUGUCCCCCAAAAGACUUCAGCUUAUAUCAGCCAAAAUGACGUGCACUUUCAUGACAUGACCGUGAGGGAAAUCCUGGACUUUUCAGCUCGUUGUCAGGGAGUUGGAAGCCGGGCAGAGGUUAUGAUGGAAGUCAGCAAAAGGGAGAAGGAGGCUGGAAUCGUUCCGGAUCCAAACAUAGACAAUUACAUGAAGGCAAUCUCUGUGGAAGGACUAAAAAGAACGCUCCAAACAGACUACAUACUAAAGAUUCUUGGACUUGAUAUCUGUGCUGACACUCUAGUUGGAAAUGCCAUGAGAAGAGGCAUCUCUGGUGGUCAGAAAAAGAGAUUGACUACAGGGGAGAUUAUUGUAGGUCCUACAAAAGCUCUAUUUAUGGAUGAAAUAACUAAUGGCUUAGACAGUUCCACCGCCUCCCAAGUUGUUACUUGCCUUCAGCAGCUGGUGCAUGUCACAGAUGCUACUUUACUGGUUUCGCUUCUUCAGCCAGCACCAGAAACCUUUGAUCUUUUUGAUGACCUCAUUUUAAUGGCAGAAGGAAAGAUUGUGUAUCAUGGUCCACGUGGUUAUGUUCUAGAGUAUUUUGAGGAUUGUGGUUUUAGGUGUCCUGAGAGGAAAGGGGUUGCUGAUUUUAUCCAAGAGGUAAUCUCUAGGAAAGAUCAAGCACAGUACUGGUCUCGCACAGAAGUACCUUACAGUUAUGUUUCAGUUAAUAUGUUCUCUAGGAAAUUCAAGGAGUCUCCUUAUGGAAAGAAGCUGGAUGAGGAGCUCUCAGAGUCUUAUGAUAAGUCCCAAAGCCACCAGAAUUCUCUUUCCUUUAGUCCAUACUAUGUUUCUAAAUGGGAACUUUUUAGAGCUUGUGCAUCAAGGGAACUUCUUCUCAUGAAAAGGGAAUCUUUUAUCUAUAUUUUCAAAACAAGUCAGCUUAUGAUCAUCGCAUGCAUUACUAUGACUCUAUUCUUACGGACUCACAUGGAAAUCGAUGUUCUUCAUGCAAAUUACUAUAUGGGUGCCCUGUUCUAUGCUCUUGUCAUGCUUUGUGUUGAUGGGUUUUCAGAAAUAUCGAUGACUAUUCAGAGGCUUGAAGUAUUUUACAAACAGAAAGCAUUAUAUUUUUACCCAGCUUGGGCUUAUGCGGUUCCAGCUAGUAUAUUAAAGAUUCCUUACUCAUUUUUGAAAUCUUUGAUUUGGACGUCUUUUACAUACUAUGUUAUAGGAUAUAGUCCUGAGGCCCAGAGGUUCUUUCGCCAGUUCAUUCUGCUUUUUGCAGUACACUUUUCUUCACUGUCCAUGUUCUGUUUCCUGGCCUCAGUCUUUCGGACAAAUAAUGCUUCUUUGGCCGCUGCUACUUUUGCAAUCAUAUUUAUUAUGUUAUUUGGUGGCUUCAUUAUCUCUGAAUCUUCUAUGCCUGUCUGGUUGAAGUGGGGCUUUUGGGUUUCUCCCCUGACAUAUGGAGCGAUAGGCCUUUCUUUAAAUGAGUUUCUUGCCCCAAGAUGGCAAAAGAUGUUACCCACAAAUACUACAAUAGGGCGACAAACACUUGAAAGCCGUGGACUAAACUUUGAUGAAUAUCUUUAUUGGGUAUCACUUGGUGCUUUAUUUGGGUUUGCAAUAGUUUUCAACAUUGGAUAUAUCUUGGCCCUAAGAUUCUUGAAGUCUCCUGGAUCAUCUCGCGUUAUUAUUUCCCAUGGAAAGCUCUCCAAAGUACUGGGGAGUGAAGAUUCACAUGAUGGUGCCCAUGUGAAGGAAAACUCUAGAAAGUCUCCUCUACAGGCUAAUAUAGAACAAGAAAAAGUUAGGAUGGUCUUGCCUUUUACACCCUUAACAGUUGUGUUUCAAGACGUGAAAUACUAUGUUGAUACCCCAUUGGAAAUGAGAGAGCGGGGAUUCGUUUACAAAAAACUUCAACUUCUUUCUGAUAUUACUGGUGCAUUGAGACCUGGUGUUCUAACAGCAUUGAUGGGUGUCAGUGGAGCUGGGAAAACAACUCUUCUGGAUGUUCUAGCUGGAAGAAAGACCAGUGGUUAUAUUGAAGGGGAAAUAAAGAUUGGAGGGUAUCCCAAGGUUCAAGAAACGUUUGCUAGGAUAUCUGGUUAUUGCGAGCAAACUGAUAUACAUUCUCCUCAAAUAACUGUAGAAGAAUCAGUCAUCUUUUCUGCUUGGUUGCGUUUGUCUGCUGAUAUAGACCCAAGAAUUAAAGCUGAAUUUGUGGACGAAGUCCUGGAGACAAUUGAGCUUGAUGAGAUAAAGGAUGCCUUAGUAGGUGUACCUGGUGCUACUGGUCUAUCAACGGAGCAGCGUAAGCGGCUUACAAUAGCUGUGGAGCUUGUUGCUAAUCCCUCUAUUAUCUUCAUGGAUGAGCCAACAACCAGUUUGGAUGCCAGAGCGGCUGCAAUUGUCAUGCGAGCAGUGAAGAAUGUUGCUGAUACCGGAAGAGCAAUUGUUUGUACCAUCCAUCAACCUAGUAUUCACAUAUUUGAGACAUUCGAUGAGCUAAUCCUUCUAAAAACUGGUGGACAAAUGGUAUACUCUGGACCAAUAGGACAGCAUUCAAGUAGUGUUAUUGAUUAUUUUGAGGGUAUUCCUGGAGUUCCAAAGAUUAAGGAUAAUUAUAAUCCAUCAACAUGGGUGUUAGAGGUCACUUCUACAUCAGCAGAAGCUGAACUUGGUGUCAACUUUGCCCAAAAAUACAAAGAAUCUACUUUAUAUGAGAACCAGAAAGAACUUGUAAGGCGGUUGAGCAGUCCACCGCCUGGUUCAACAGAUCUGCAUUUUGAUGCCUGCUUUUCACAAAAUGGUUUGGCACAAGUCCAAGCUUGCCUAUGGAAACAGCAUUUAGCUUAUUGGAGGAACCCUGGAUACAACCUGUUCCGUAUAAUCUAUUCAUUUUUAUCUGGUUUAAUUUUUGGAGCACUAUAUUGGAACCAAGGACAAAAUUUGAAUAACCAACAGAACUUAUUUAACAUAUUUGGUUCAAUGUAUGCUGCCGUGAUCUACUUGGGCAUAAGUAACUGCACGAAAGUUCUACCAUCUGUAGCAGCAGAGCGAACUGUUAUGUACAGGGAAAGAUUUGCAGGGAUGUACUCUUCAUGGGCUUUUUCACUUGCACAGGUGCUUGUGGAAGUCCCUUAUCUGUUGUUCCAAACUAUGAUAUUUGUGAUCAUCACAUAUCCGAUGAUUGGAUAUUAUGGGUCAGCUUAUAAGGUUUUCUGGUACUUCUAUGCAAUAUUUUGUUCAUUGAUGUACUUCAAUUAUCUGGGGAUGCUACUCGUAUCAUUGACACCAAACUUCCCCAUAGCUGCAAUUUUGUGCUCAUCGUUUUUCUCAAUGUUCGUCCUAUUUUCUGGUUUCCUGAUGCCUGAACAGAAAAUUCCAAAGUGGUGGAUCUGGUUAAUGUAUUAUCUGACUCCUACAUCUUGGUCGCUGAAAGGCUUGCUUACUUCACAAUAUGGAGAUAUAAAUAAGGAAAUCAUGGUAUUUGGUGAAACCAAAACAGUGGCUGCCUUCUUAAAAGAUUACUAUGGGUUUCACCAUGAUCACUUGCCUCUUGUGGCGGUUGUUCUCGUUGCCUUCCCCCUUGUUUUUGCUUCUUUGUUUGCAUAUUUUGUAGGACGGCUGAACUUCCAGCGUAGGUAAACCUCUCUUUCCAUAGAGCAUGGAGAUGUUUUUUAAGUAGCCUGCAAGC